AUGCAACUUCCGGAUCUCUCCCAAAAGCCUCCGGGCUAUGUUCUCGCCAGUAUCCUCUGCUCCUUAGGAGGCUUCCUAUUCGGCGUCGAUACCGGCAUCAUAGGUCCCGUAACAGUAAUGGAAGACUUCACAAAAUAUGUUGGUAACCCAUCACCCACGAUCCACGGUCUAAUCGUCUCUUCCAUCCUCAUCCCUGCGGCUAUCUCAUCUUUCUUCGCCGGCAGAGUUGCGGAUGCACUUGGCCGCCCUCGCGGAAUUGCUAUCGGCUCUUUCAUCUUCGGCGUCGGUGCUGCACUAGAAGGUGCUUCUAUGCAUAUUGCUAUGUUCAUCGUCGGUCGCAUCAUCGAGGGGAUUGGCGAGGGUCUUUAUCUUAGCAUGUUAGUGGUGUAUAUCUGCGAAAUCUCACCACCAAGAAACCGCGGUGCUCUUACUACUGGCCCCCAAUUGCUCAUCACUCUUGGCCUAGUGACUGGUUUUUUCACCUGUUAUGGCACCGCCGACAUUGGAUCAUCGUUCUCGUGGCGUCUACCUUUCAUCCUGCUAGCAGGAUACUCACUCGUAUUCUCCACCGCCGCACUCAUAUGGCUUCCUGCGUCUCCGCGAUGGCUCACUCUUCACGGCAAAACCAGUGAAGCCUCUGCUGCAUGGGAGAAACUCGGUGUUCCGGCAGCCGACCGCGAGAAAAUACUUGAUCAAUAUGACACCACCGUCGUAGAAGCCGCUAUCCCAGACGCCAGUGGUGAUACCAGUGCCGGCCAUGUUACUUCCACCACCGUCGCGACUCCCAAGUCGAAGAAGGCCAAAAUUCUCGAUGUAUUCUCAUCAGAUGCUCGACCUCGUCUCUUCCUCGCCGUAUUCCUCAUGACCAUGCAGCAAUUAAGCGGUAUCGACGGCGUUCUCUACUACGCCCCCCUCCUAUUCCAACAAGCCGGCCUCUCAAGUGCCUCCUCCACAUUCCUCGCCUCCGGGGUAUCCGCCCUAGUAAUCUUCGCCGUCACAAUCCCCGCCACCCUCCUCGCAGACCGGUGGUCGCGUCGCACCAACACAAUCCUAGGCGGUCUAGCGAUGUCCCUAACCAUGUUCCUAAUGGGCACCCUCUACGCCUCGCACACCGUGCACCCCAGCGCCGGCGCGGCCCGCUGGGUCGUCAUAGUCUGCAUAUACCUAUUCGCCGUAAUCUACUGCGUAUCCUGGGCCGUCGGUAUAAAAAUCUACGCCGCGGAGAUCCAACCCCAACGCACGCGCGCCGCAGCGACAAGUCUAGCACACGGUGGGAAUUGGCUCAGCAAUUUCCUAGUCGCGCUUGUUACUCCUACAUUGUUAGCGCGGUCUAGUUAUGGCGCGUACUUUUUGUUCGGUGGGUGUGCGUUGAUUACUGCGGUCGCGUGUUGGGUUUGGAUGCCCGAGACGCGGGGGUUGAGUCUGGGGGAGAUUGAGGAUGCGUUUGCGCGGGGACGGGGUUGGGGACGGGGUAGUGGGAUUAGGGAGUUUGUGAGGACGUUGAGGAAGGGUGGGAUGCAUAGAAGUGUGGUUAUGCCAGCUGCGGUGGAGGCUUGAUUUGGUAAGGGUACCUAGGCAUCUAUCCUAUCUAAGAUAUUUUGCGGGUGGCGAUUUGGUAUCUACUUGGAGUAUGCCGUGUUGGUAUUUUCGUGAAUCCAGGAGAUCUUGAUGCGGGAGAUGGUGGCGUUCCGUUUUCCUGGCGUUUGCGAUGAUCUCAUUGCACUUCCACAGUCAGUUACCGAGGUAUGUCAUGAAGGACAAAAUUCUUUAUUUUCGUGUUCUCCCACAUCUACAUUUAUUACUGAGAUGCAGGCGCCCGUGGCCCUCGAACGUGGCUUGCUACCUAGGAGGGCGCAUACUUGGCAUUGUUCCGUACCCGUUGAUAGUCAGCACUGUGUAAGAUCUCCAGGCAACCCUCCGUUGAAUACCAGGCAGGCUACUGUCCGGGUACCCGAGUUACACAACAUAUUGAGUCAUGCCGUGGGGUAUUCAGAUCUAAUAGAAUAGCAAAUCAGGCCAUGGGGAUACUACGAGAUUUAGUCACAUGAUA